AUGACCAUCGCGCCAGCGGAUAAUCGCCGUGGGAAUGCACUCCACCGCUAUUAUAUCCCGCAUCAUGCUGUCGUACGAGACAGCAGUGCCACGACGCGCUUACGCGUCGUUUUCAACGCGUCGUGUCGAACCUCGGACGGCACAUCCUUGAACGAUCACUUGAUGGUCGGGCCUAAGCUCCAGCUCGAUCUCGCCACGGUGCUAAUGCGAUGGCGUCAACAUCGCUAUGUCUACACUGCCGACAUCGCAAAGAUGUAUCGGCAAAUUCUAGUUGACCAACGCGAUGUUGACUACCAGAGGAUUCUGUGGCGAGAGUCUCCGGAACAACCAGUCGAGGAGUAUCAACUACUCACAGUUACCUACGGCACCGCUUCCGCUCCUUACCUCGCUCUCCGUGUUUUGCGACAGUUAGCGCAAGAUGAAGGCGCCUCAUUUCCGCUCGCGGUUCCGGUUCUCCUUUCGCAACUUUACGUCGACGACAGCGUGUUCGGCGCCGACGAUAAAAUUCUCGCGCGCCAGACUCGCGACCAACUUGUCGCUUUAUUAGAAAAGGGCGGUUUUCGCUUGAGAAAAUGGGCGAGCAAUUGCGCAGAUCUCCUAUCGGAUAUUGAUCCGUCCGAUCACGGUCUUGCCUGCUCAAAGGAGCUAUAUGAUGAUGAGCGAUUGAGCGUGCUAGGUCUCACGUGGGACCCGUGUCGCGAUGUCUUUCGGGUUAAAGUUUCUCUCCCGACACAUAUUUCGAAAACGAAACGCGAGAUCUUAUCGACCAUCGCCAAACUAUUUGAUCCGCUCGGUUGGAUCACCCCCGUCGUGAUUACCGCAAAAAUAUUUCUGCAAACAUUGUGGCAAUUAAAAUGCGAUUGGGACGACGACAUUCCCGGCGAUUACGCAAACGACUGGGAACGCUAUUAUUCGCAAUUAUCGUGCCUUCAUCAACUCGAAAUCGCGCGCUGGACGCGAUCCGGCUCUCAUACCUUGAAAACGGAGUUACACGGUUUCUCAGACGCCUCUACGAAAGCCUAUGCGGCGGUAGUCUACCUCCGUAACAUUAACAUCGACGGAUCGGUCGACGUUUUCUUGCUCGCCGCGAAGUCCAAGGUCGCCCCUCUCAAAACAUUAAGCGUUCCGCGUCUCGAGUUAGCCGCUGCACAUCUUCUUUCGCGCCUCGUGCAGUUCGUUCGAACGACGCUUCAACUGCCGAACAUCGAAAUACAUUGUUGGACGGAUUCCACCAUAACGCUAGCCUGGCUAAGUAAAUCGCCGUCUUGCUGGCGAACGUUCGUAGCAAAUCGCGUCGCGGCCAUUCAAACGACCUUACCGGACAUACCGUGGCGCCAUGUUCCGACUUACGACAACGCCGCCGAUGCCGCGUCCCGUGGUCUUGCUCCGGAGGAACUAGCUCCACAUCCGUUAUGGUGGCACGGACCCCCGUGGCUGUCUUUGCCUCCAACCUCUUGGCCGAACGGCAAUCUCAUACAAGAUGAGAUCACAUCCACCGAUCUUUUGGAGAAACGAAACGUACACGUCACGGAUUCUCCGGCGCCUCCGGAAUUAUGGGAUCUCGCUUUUCGCUUCUCAUCAUGGCCGAAAUUGCUUCGCGUGACCUCGUAUCUAAUUCGAUUCGGGAAUCUCGCGCGACGGCGAAAUCAAUCACUCGAACGCAGUUCGCGCGUCGACGAAAUCGCCGCAGCCAAAGCGUACUGGCUCCGCUGUAUACAGGCAGCUAUGUUUCCCGCUGAAUUAGUCUGUCUCGCUGCGAAGAGAUCCGUGUCCAAAUCCAGUCCGCUUUCAUCUCUCAAUCCUUCGCUGAGCGACGACGGACUCAUCCGCGUCCGCGGACGUCUACGUCACGCUCGCCUGCCAGAUUCGACGAAGUACCCGAUCGUCCUUCGGUCGCAUCCUCUCCUUUCCCUCAUCAUCGAUCAUCACCAUCAUCGCAUGCUACACGGCGGUUCACAACUCACUCUCGCAUCCUUACGUUCCGAAUUCUGGAUUCUUCGCGCUCGCACUUGUACCCGCGCAGUCCUUCACAAAUGUGUGCGAUGUGCCCGCGAGGCUGCGACCAUUCCAAAUGAACUCAUGGGAGAUCUUCCGUCGGUUCGCGUAAAUCGCGCGGCGCGACCGUUUUCACACACGGGAGUCGAUUAUGCUGGUCCUAUUUUGUUACGAAGUACACCCGGGCGCGGACAUAAGUCUCAUAAAGCGUACAUCGCCCUGUUUGUAUGCCUCACUACUAAGGCUAUCCACCUUGAAGUCGUGACCGAUUAUACUUCGCGCCACCUUUAUCGCGGCGUAUCAUCGGUUCGUGUCCAGACGAGGUCUUCCCCAGGGGAUGUAUUGCGAUAA